AGAAUCCGAGAGCGGCACCGUCGGUCGAUCUCCCCAGGUUCGACUCAUUCUGCGGGGCUUUCCGAUCGGCAAUGACCUCAACUUCACACCUUGUGGAAGACGGCUUUAAAUUGCUAUAGACGAGACAUUCAAAGGACAGUGCGGUGAUGUGACGAGUGCCACCGAACAGGAGGAGGAGAAGUCGGGGGUCGGAGGUGGCGGGGGAUCAGGGCCAUCAAUGGUCGAGAGUCGGGGGUCUCCGGACACCCGUGCGGAGGUACCGAGACCUGGAGGAAACCCCGAGGAUCACGGCCUCUUGCCCGGAUGACACCGGCGGCCACCGGCCGGACUCAGCUAGCGUCCGCUAAGCUAACUAAUGUCUUCCAAGGAGUGGCAAGAAAUGUAGCAAAUGACUUGUUGGAUUUUUUUCAUUGCAGCGAGUGUGCGGGACUUGUUAGGGGGGUCUUUUGGCCGCCGGAUGGAAGCCGCGGAGCUCCUAAGCUUCGGGCCGUGAUUGACAGUUUAAAGAGCUAAACGCUCCCCAGGCGCGAUGGAAGGACUUCACGGCCAAGCUCUCAGCUUGGACCCUCGCAGGCAAGAAUUGCUCGAAGCUCGCUUCACUGGAGUUGGGGUGACCAAGAUCAACAGUGAAUCAUCCAGCCAGUCUCUUUGCAGCCUGGGCUCCCUUAGCGACAAGGAAGUGGAGCUGCCGGAGAAGAAGGCCGAGCACAGAAGCAGGAAGAGAAAAGCAGACGCCUGUGACACCAACAGUCAAGGAAAGGGACGAGGACACAAGACGAGUGAUUAUUUUGAGUUUGCCGGCAGCAGCGGUUCCAGCACCAGUCCGGCCCGCGGCGUCCCCGUGCUGGUGCGCUGCUGCUUUUCCCAGCACUCGCUGUCCUAUCCCUCGUUGCAGCAGAGCAGUCCUUCGUCGGCAGGCUCGGCCCACACUGACUCGUCGUCGUGCAGCUCCGUCAAGAUGGCCCCUGCGCACUUUAGCUCCCACAAAGCCACCCAGUCUGAGCUGACACUGCUGAAGCUGACGGCGCUGGAGAGAAACAAGAACUCCGACCUGGAGAAGAAAGAGGGGCGGAUAGAUGACCUGCUGAGGGCGAACGGCGACCUGCGGCGGCAGGUGGAAGAGCAGCAGAAGAUGUUGGAGCGCUUCAAGGAGCGUCUCAACAAGUGCGUCACCAUGAGCAAGAAGCUCCUCCUUGAAAAGUCAAAGCACGAGAAGAGGACACGGCGGGACAAGAGCAUGCAGGAUCGUCUGCGCCUGGGCCACUUCACGACGGUUCGACGCGGCGCCUCCUUCGCCGAGCAGUGGGCCGACGGAAUCGCUUUUCAGAAUCUCAUCAAGCAACAAGAGCGCAUCAACUCGCAGCGCGAGGACAUCGAGAGGCAGAGGAAGCUGCUGGGGAAAAGAAAGCCGCCCCCCGUGGCUCCCGUGCAGCCACCCAGCACCGAGCACAACAAACGAAAGGGCAGGAGCAACGGCCAGGAGAGUGAAGCGCUGUCACUAGCGGAGUAUCAUGAGCAAGAGGAGAUAUUCAAACUCCGGAUUGGUCAUCUAAAAAAGGAAGAGGCGGAGAUCCAGACGGAGCUGGAGCGGCUGGAGCGAGUGCGCAAUCUGCACAUCCGGGAGCUGAAGAGAAUCCACAACGAGGACAAUUCGCAAUUUAAAGACCACCCGACGCUGAAUGACAGAUAUCUGCUGUUACAUCUACUUGGAAGAGGGGGCUUCAGUGAAGUUUACAAGGCUUUUGAUUUAACCGAGCAAAGGUAUGUGGCCGUUAAAAUCCACCAGCUGAACAAGAGCUGGCGGGAGGAGAAGAAGCAGAACUACCACAAGCACGCCUGCCGAGAGUACAGAAUCCACAAAGAACUGGAUCACCCUCGGAUAGUCAAACUGUACGACUACUUCUCGGUCGACACGGACUCGUUCUGCACUGUGCUGGAGUACUGCGAGGGCAAUGACCUGGACUUCUACUUGAAGCAAAACAAGCUGAUGACAGAGAAGGAGGGCCGCUCCGUCGUCAUGCAAAUCGUCAACGCGCUCAAGUACCUCAAUCAGAUCCGCCCGCCCAUCAUCCACUACGACCUCAAGCCAGGAAACAUCCUGUUGGUGAACGGCUCCGCUUGCGGCGAGAUUAAGAUCACCGACUUCGGCCUGUCCAAGAUCAUGGACGACGACAGCUGCGCUUCAUCGGAGGGCAUGGAGCUGACCUCGCAGGGGGCGGGCACCUAUUGGUACCUUCCUCCAGAGUGCUUCGUGGUCGGCAAGGAGCCUCCGAAGAUAUCCAACAAAGUCGACGUUUGGUCGCUUGGGGUCAUCUUCUAUCAGAGCUUAUACGGACGCAAGCCAUUUGGUCACAACCAAUCCCAGCAGGACAUCCUCCAAGAGAACACCAUCCUCAAAGCUACCGAGGUGCAGUUCCCCCCAAAACCCGUUGUCACCCCGGAAGCGAAGACGUUCAUCCGUCGCUGCCUCGCUUAUCACAAGGAGGACCGCGUGGACGUGCUCCAGUUAGCGCGGGAACCUUACCUGAUGCCCGCCAUCCGAAAGACCCUCGGCGGUGCCGCCGCUAUUGCUGGCGCGUCGCCUGCCGCCCCUCCAGGCGCCCCCCCUUUCCCCUCCACCUCCGGCGGCUACGGAAACAGCGCUUCCAACUGAAGUCACACAUUGGACAGAGGGCGUUGACGUCCAACGUCGCUCGUACUAAUGCGCCGACUCACUUUCAGGGGCUUCACAAAGCAGCAUCUCCCAAUCUUUAGUGGGCCAUGGAACAUAUUUUGCAGUAGGCAAAUCUCACGCAUUGCCACCAAGUAAAAAAGGAAGAGCAUUUGAUUGUUGUCCCUGUCACGAUACAUCGCUGGCAUAGAUCGACUAACAAAGAUGUGUUUGGAGACAGUUUCCAGUGGCAGAGGUUGGGAAUCGCUGCUCGAAAGCACCCACAAAUUUGCUCAAGUGCGACGCAUCUGUACUGUGGAAGGAGUAUGACGAGUACGGGGUCAAAUCUUACUAAGAAGACAUUGCAAGUAUUUACCCCGCCGCCCCAUUGACUUUUAUUGAAAGGGCUCCCACAGCAGUGACUGAAGACCAAAGUAGACAACAACGGGGUGGCGGGGGGCAGAUUAUUUUCAAUUUCAAUUCAACCGGAGGCUAUCAGCUGAUGUGAAUAUGAAUUAUCCCACCAAGCUACUCCUGCUUCAAAUCAUGCUUUUAAGAAAGGGGGCUGGGGGUCGUAUGAGUGUUAUGCAGAGCGAAAAUAUUCUCAGAAUGAUAGUAUGUAACCAUUAAAAGAAAUAUUUGGUUACCCCA